UUUGGUCUUUUAAUUCUGCAUGAGGGUUUUUCCUUUUUCUGUUAACACAAUGCUGAUGUGGAUUAGCAUGAGCGGUUUUCCUUCUUUGGUUAGAAUUGCAGAAUCUGAAUCUUCUGUAGUUUACUGCGAGCAGAGCGUAUACAUUAGGUGAUUUACGCGUUUUGAGUUGUGGCCUUUGGUUGCUCAACAUUGUGGAAUUUGCUCUCUUUGGCUUCUGAUAUUGGCGUUGCCCGGUGUGGCAUCGAGUGGUCGAGGGUUUCUGAGGGAGGAGAAACUUCCCGGCAGGCCGGGAGAGCCUCGGAAUGUGAAGGAAAACGUGCCUCUGAAAAUGGUUGCCGACGAAUUCCGAUGUGCACAUUUUGCCGAACAAAAGGCUGCGUGUCGUUGGAAGUGAGGGUUGAUAGGGUCAUGUUUAUUGCUUUUCCUGGGAAUGUUCUUGGAUCUAUUGGUGUCAGUUUCGUGCCUCUUUUGGAACAAUGAGAUUGAGGAAGCGUCUACUCGAAUCAUACAAACAGCGAGAGAAGAACGUUAGAGAAAUUCGACGUCGCAAUGAUCUUUAGGUUUUCUUCGAUCAAAGAGAUAAGAGAGCAUGUAUCACCAAGUGCAGACUGAGAUAGGCAAGCAGAAUUUCCUGGAAGAAAGUGGCAAAUUCGUCACUAUUGAUUAUGCUUCGUCCUCGAUGAUGAAAGAUUUGGAGGGCAUAACAUAUUAUGUUGGUGACUAUACCCAGUGAAAUGACACAAUUACAAUGAGUUCUGAUGAUGACUCGGAGGACCUGAUGGUAGCUGCUGCGACCAUUGCAGCAGCUGCUGUUGCUAAUAUUGGUGCUUGGUAUCAUGAACCGGUUCCAUUAGAAGAACCAUGUGAAGUUCCAGUAUUUAAAGAUUCAGAUUUUAAGGAUGAAAUUCUUGAUGUUCAUGAUGCGCAAUUUCAUGAAGAUCUACGUAUGGACAAACGAGUUUUCAAAAAACUAUGCAGAAUAUUAGCAACGAAAGGGUUAUUGCGUAACACAAGAUCAAUACCAAUUAAAGAGCAAGUAUCAACUUUCCUAUAUAUAAUAGGACACAAUGAGCGCAACCGUGUUCUUCAAAAGCGCUUCAAUCGCUCUGGUGAAACCAUUAGUCGCUAUUUUCAUAUGGUCUUGGACGCUGUUGUUGCACUUGCUCCACUUUUCUUCCAGAUGCCAAAUUCUGACACUCCUUCUGAAAUCUUAAAUGAUCCUAGAUUCUAUCCAUAUUUUAAGGAUUGUGUUGGAGUAAUAGACGGGAUACAUAUACCUGCUGCAGUUGGUGUUGAUGAACGUGAUCCAUUUCGUAAUAAAAGUGGCUUCAUUUCCCAAAAUGUUAUGGCUGCUUGUUCAUUUGAUUUAUGUUUUCAGUAUGUUUUGGCUGGGUGGGAAGGGUCUGUACCAGAUUCGCAUGUACUACAUUCUGCACUUACAAGGUCUGAUAAACUUAUAAUCCCCGAAGGGAAAUUCUAUCUUGUUGACGGCGAGUACCCAAACAUGCAGGGCCUUCUUGCUCCGUAUGAUGGUGUUCGCUAUUGCCUAAGUGAAUUUACUGAUGGUUGUCCUCCAGAGAAUGCUAAAGAGUUAUUUAACUACCGCCAUUCCUUGUUGCGAAGUACUAUUGAUCGAGCUUUUGGGGUCUUGAAAGCACGUUUUCCCAUUUUGAAGACAGAGCCUCUUUACCAUAUCAAAACACAGGUGAAGGUGGUCAUAGCUGCCUGCGUCAUACAUAACCACAUCCGGAGGGAGAGGAAAGAUGACUGGAUAUUUAUGAAGGAAGAGAAGGAAGAGCAUGUAGGGGAAAUUCGGUUGAUGCCUGAGAACCAAGAACCAAAAGAUACUGGUCAAGGGAUAGAGGAAGAAAUUGCCUCUCAACUGCGAGACUCAAUUGCAAACGCAAUGUGGAAUGAUUAUUUGGGUGAUUAACCUAUUUUUUUCCAUCUCUUGCCACCAAAUUCCACCGAACACUAUCAGUGUAGCAGAUGCUUCUCUAUUGUUAUGUUAUAGACAGUUUAUAGGGAGCUAUAUCCCGUACCUAGACUAGUUAAUUAUAGGUUCACAUGCCUUGUGUCAGGUCGUUCCGAUAGGUAGAUGGAAGGUCGUUCAGCUAAUUCCUUCUCAGUGCAGUAUUCCUAAUACCAUUCUUUGUCACUUUUUUGAGGUGGUUUGUUCAUGGCAGACAUGGAAGAGCUCAACCAGAUUGGACGUUUUGCUUGGUCCUUUGCCCUUCUUGGAAAAUAUAUGUGGUUGUCUCUGACAAUUGUUGUAUAAUCAUAAUCUGAUCUCUUUGAGACUUUGAUCCAUAACAUUGCUUAGUGUAGGUUUGGCUUCAAUCUUGUGACAGAAAAAAAAAAAAAUUGAAAUGCAACUUACUGAACUUUUUUUUUAUGAAAUCUAUCGGUAAACUCUGACUCUUUGUUGCUUAA